CAAACAGCAGUGCAGGGUGUGAUGUGGAGCGCGCUACGAGCAGUCCCCGCGGGCGAGUCGCAAGCGCAGCUUCUCAGAAAGCGUUUUCCUCGAGUGAGCGCAGUCGCAGAUCGCGGUGACGAAUCCCCUACGUCACGUCGGUGACGCGCCGCGGUCAAGUCGCGGGUUUAGUAUAAAAACGUGCGAGUUGGCGCGCCGCGGGCCCUAGUGCUGCGCGUGCUCAGCCGGCACCCUGGCGCCCCGCCAUGACUGCAUGGACUCCGACGUGGACGAGUCGGGGGACGACUCCGUGCCAGCCGAUCCAGAGAAAUGGUCCCGCGACGAUGUGUUUCGCUGCGUGCGCUGGGUGUCGCGCACGUUCGGCGUGUGCGCGCCGCGCAAGCACCUGCUGCCCGACUCCGGGCGCGGCCUGCUCGCGCUCACCGAGGACAACUGGCUGCAGGUGUGCUCGGGCAGCGAGCAGGCGGCGCGCAUCUACCACGCAUACGUGCGGCACGCGCACGCCGGUGCCACGGGCCGCGCGCCGCCCGAGCCGCUGCCGGAGCACCAGGCCACCACCAGCGCGCCCGCUGACUACCACCCGUACGGCGCGCUAAGCUCGUGCUCGCGCGGCUCCGGCGGACAGGUGCAGCUGUGGCAGUUCCUGCUGGAGGAGCUGGCGGCCGGCGCGCCCGGCAUCUGCUGGGAGGGUCCCCCCGGCGAGGGCGAGUUCAGGCUGGCGGACCCGGACGAGGUGGCGCGGCGCUGGGGCCGGCGCAAGCAGAAGCCCAACAUGAACUACGACAAGCUGUCGCGUGCGCUGCGGUACUACUAUGACAAGAACAUCAUGAGCAAGGUGCACGGCAAGCGCUACGCGUACCGGUUCAGCUGGGCGGGGCUGGCGGCGGCGUGCCAGGCGCAGGCGGGGGACGCGCCGCCCUACUGGCACUACCUGCCGCCCGCCGCGGCCGCGCCGCCGCCGCAGCACCCGCCGGCCGCGCAGUAGCAGCGCGCGCUCUCCGCCCGCAGUGCGACACGCCGCGACACUCGGUCCCAGUUUGUGAAGGUUCGUCAGUGUCGAGUUUAACAGUGUUUCAAGUUUUCAAUCUUGUGCCGGAGACUGGACGCAGAUUACUCGCUGACUAUAAUGUUUUAUUUAAAAACAGUUGUAAGAACCAAUUUGCCCUGUAAAUACCCUUACACUUGCCCUUCAUAUAAAAUGGGAUUUAUUUAGAUUAAAUGAGAUCCUACCGUAAAUGGAAGAAAGCAGGCAAAGGGGAUGAGUUGGUGACAGACAAUAUCCGUACAGGUACCUGCUGUACUGCUGUAGCUACUGUAGCCCGUUAGGAGAACCGUUAGGUACGAGUAUGUUGUCAGGAGCGUGGUAGAGUCGCAGAUACCUACAUACUUAUAUUCCCUUAAUUCCGCCGUAGUUGUACUUUAAACCCCAUUAUAACGAUGUUUUUGAAAGUGGUUCACGCGCCGCAGUUAUACUCAUUGAUAACUUUAGCAAUAUAGAUUUUGCCUGAAUAUAUAGUUUCUGGAAUAAUACACAUAUCUACGACUCUAUAUAUGUAUAUAUCAUAUGUAUUAAUGAAUUAUUGUUGUUGUGUAAAGAUUUCGAUCUGUAAUAUAGUUAAUUGUCACUGUUACAUUAGGUGUACGUAAAUAAUUUAAGUUAGGAUUAAGCUCUAGUUCUUAUACUGUUCUUAGUAAAGCAAUAAGGUCACAUUGAUAAUAAUUAUUCAGGAUCUAUAGCCUAUAGGUACCUACUUAUUAAAUUGCAGCAAUAUGAAUAUCUGUAAUUUUGCUAUGACAUUCAUAAAAGUUCCUCUUUUGAUUUUGUACAAAUGCAAAUAUAAAAAAAACUUGCUGUUUUCCUCUUCGCAUUGGUGUCGUGAAAUAAUAUUGUACAUAAUAGUAUCCUUAGCUGACAUAAUAAGUAAUGUAGGAAUGUAGGAAACUAUUCUAUCGGUUGUGAACAUACUCUGUGAAGCCUAAUCGGUGUCUGAGUUACCUCUUGUGUUUUAUACUCGCCUGUCUUAGUCAUUGUUUACUCUUAAAAUAGGUUUUUACUUAUCCGUAAGAAGUUAUAUUUUAUUACUAAAACUUUUGUGACACGAAAACGAUUUAAUCACGCUUAUUAAUCGGGAUCGCACGACUAGUUCCGAACUCAACUGUAGUUAAACUGUUCGACUCGUGCCCUCUGUGCUACAACAGAUCAGAUUCAGUGCCGUAUUAUCCAUAAGGCCAGUGCCUAGGGGCCCACUACCAAAGAAAACAUCUAAAAAAAGCUUGAUAAAUUUUUCACUGAAAGAAAAUAACUUGAAGCAAGGGGGCCCCCACUACCAUGUUGCCUAGGGGCCCCUGGGUCCCUAGAUCCGCCCCUAAUCAGAUUAAAUCCCGAUAAAGACGCUUGAAACUGUUAUUAAAUAUAUUUUUUGUAUUUUUUUUUAUUGUGUGACUUGUGUGAGUAACGAACUUUACAGGUUCAGAUGUUAAGAUUCCAAUGGUCAGAAGUGCCGUAUUGAAAUUACCUGCAGAAACGUUUCAAGCCAGGAUACAGUUUCUGUGGUCCAUACAACUCACACAAAUCAUAUUAACUUAAGUAUUAUGAUCAGUAGAUAAUCAUAUUUGACUAUUGCGUUUCUUAUAGAAAUUAUUUUGUAAUAGCUUAAGAGCUAAGUGCUUGUUUUUUUUAUGUUUGUCUAUACAAUGGUCAUAGGUCGCGUAGGUAGACUGCAUGAACAAGCACCAACUUCACAUCAUACUCAUAAUGGGUGGAAGCAUCAAUGCAAAAACUUAUCGAAAUGUCUUGAAUUUCAUUUGUAAAACAUACUUAUUCAUCUAAGUAGUCACAGUUGUAAUUAUAUUAAGAGUUACUAUUUUUGCAUUGCGUGCUAUGUAUAAAUUAAAUUGUCACGAGAAUAUGACUUCCUUUGCAAAACAUUUAAUCGAGAAUGUAUUUUACGAUUUUUUUCGGUAUUAGAGAAAGAAAUUUCAUUUCUUUUAUAGCUGCCGCACUAGGGAAUUUAAAUCCCAGUCCCAAGUGUCACAAUCAUUCUCGUCUCAUGGACAGAAGCACCCAGACGCAAAACAAGCUCUUGUGGAUCGCACAAAUUAUUGUCCGCCGCGGGGAUCGGGAUCUGGCUUGAUGACCUCUACUCUUCUAUUGAUCGUGCAGACCUUAAAAAUAAUCCAAGUUUAGGACCCAACCGGAGUCCUUAAUUGGGUCGACUCGCAACCUGUCAUUUAAUAAUGAAUCAUUCUGACGAUGGAUAUCUACUAUAAAUAAUGUGUACCAGUUUAUACUGAUUCCUUUGCCUUUGAAUUGUCGAUGGUAGACUUCGAAACAAUAAAGACGCUUGUAUGACACCGUUUCUGACCCAUUUGGAGGUUGGGUUGCUCGCUUCCACGCCUGCUUUAAGACUUGGUGCAAGGUUCCCUGGGACCACUUCUUACUCUAAGAUCACUGCAGCUGUAAAACUAUCAGUUCUAUUCAGAGAGAGUCUUGGCGCGUUAUGUUUGUACUUAGUUUAGUUAUGUAUGCUCGUUCUAUGUUGUGUUUUGUUGUUUCACUUCAUAGUUUCUUUUUAGUUUUAUGAAAAAUAUCGCAAAUUAUCAUUUUUACUAUGUAAACAAUGUUGUACAUAUUCUGUUGCGUACCUACUAUGUGUUUUGUCGCUGGGGCUACUCACACUUAAACAGCUUCACAGUCCCGUACGCGGGAAAUAAAUGGAUGCGAACUUACGCGUUUUGUACGGACAUAAGCUGAAUAAGUGUGUGUAGUCCUUAAGGUGUCGUCUGUACAACUGUUGUUGAUUUUAUACUACGAUUACCUCCAAUAACGAAAAAUUGUUACCCUGUAAAGUAAACAGUAAAGUAUUAUUCAUUACCGGUAAUAUAUAUUUGACCGACACAACAGUUGUGAUUAAUAAAUAAUUAAAUAUGUUUAACCUCCCGACGCGUCGAUGCCAGUAUACAUAUCACAGCAACACAGUUCCUCGUCUACUCUUAAUGUUAUUGUACAUUAGAUAAUAAACUUUAUCGUCACAUUAAAA